AUGCGAUGUUCUCAGGAGUACCCGGUUCUUUUUCUGCUACACUUUGUUUUCAUUUUGGCAGCCGGCCACAGAGAGCUCUCCGACUCUGGCAGACUUCUCUCCCUCUUUGCAGAACAAGGGCAGUUGUCCCAGCCAGAGUCAGAUCUGUCUGUUGUCCACCCAACGAAGACCAACCCUGAUGGAGAGUUCGUAUCCCACUCUCUGUCCCAUCACUUCACGGGUGGGCGAGUCAGGCGUGACCUACGACCCUUCGGUUUGGAGGGACAGGUUUACUACAAAGUCAACUACAAGGGUCAUGCUUUAAUGUUCAAUUUGACUGCAAACAAUCACCUGGUUUCGAAUGACUACAUCCUGGAGAGGCGGAACGGCAGCGCCAACAGCACUGAGCAUCAUCUCUCUGAGGGGAAUUCUUGCCACCUCAUUGGCACUGUGGCAGCCUCUGAUGUACAAGGAACCGCUGCAGUCAGUACAUGUAAAGGACUGAGAGGCUUCUUCUCCCUGCCAGAGGGACACUAUUUUAUUGAGCCGGUCCAGAAAUAUCCUGGGGAUCCUGUGGGAACUCCAGAGCCCCACAUCAUCUACUCAAGAGCUACCACAGAAACUCACAGAAAAAAACGCAGCUCUGAGGUCAAAGAGACACCCAACCAUUGUGGAUUUCAAGGUGUGUAUUUGAUUCUUUAAGCAUUAGUGCAUGUUCCUGCAAAUGCUUCAAGUGACUCUGUCCAGGUGGAGAGGGAGAGAGAGGAAUGGGAGAGGGAGCAGCAUAUGGGGGAGGAACAGGCGCAGUCCCGCUCACAGAGGUCAGUCAGCAAAGAGCGGUGGGUGGAGACCAUGGUGGUGGCUGACGCGAAACUCAUCGAAUAUCACGGCAGCGAUAAUGUGGAGUCCUACAUCUUUACAAUCAUGAACAUGGUCGCUGGGAUCUUUCAUGAUGCCAGUAUUGGAAAUGCCAUCCACGUCAUCCUGGUUCGCCUGAUUCUGCUACAAGGAGAAGAAAAAGGGUUGAAGAUUGAUCAUAAUGCAGAUACAACUUUGGCCAGUUUCUGUGCCUGGCAGAAAAACUUAAAUCCCCAGAGUGACACGCAUCCUGCUCAUCAUGACGUAGCUGUGCUGGUCACCAGGAAAGACAUAUGUGCUGGGAUGAACCAGCCCUGUGAGACCCUGGGUCUGUCUCAUUUGUCUGGGAUGUGCCAACCACAUCGCAGCUGCAACAUCAAUGAAGACUCAGGCUUACCUGUCGCCUUCACCGUCGCUCAUGAAAUGGGUCACAGCUUUGGAAUUCAUCACGACGGCCAGGGAAAUGACUGUGAGCUGGAGGGGAGGCACCCGUUUAUCAUGUCCAGACAGUUGAUGUACGACAGCUCGCCUCUCACUUGGUCCUCCUGCUCCAAGGAAUAUAUCACACGUUUCCUUGAUCGUGGUUGGGGUUUCUGUCUGGAUGACCGCCCUUCCAAGAGGGACCUAACCACCCCGUUGGCACGCCUCGGUGUCCGCUACACCACACACCACCAGUGCCAGCUCCAGUAUGGCCCAAACGCUACCUUCUGCAAUGAGGUUGAUAACAUUUGCCAGAUUCUUUGGUGUUCAGUGAACGGCUCUUGCAGGUCUAAGUUGGACUCGCCUAUUGAUGGCACUCGCUGUGGACCAGGGAAGUGGUGUAUCUCCGGAGAAUGUGUGAUAGUGGGUAAACUCCCAGAGACGGUGAAUGGAGGCUGGGGACAGUGGAGUACUUGGUCUUAUUGCUCCAGGACUUGUGGCACUGGAGUUCAGUCAGCUGAGAGGGAAUGUAACAACCCCAAACCGGAGUUUGGGGGAAAGUACUGCACAGGGGAAAGGAAGCGUUAUCGGACAUGUAACACAAAACCCUGCGAGAAGAAUAACCCAACCUUUAGAGACAUGCUGUGCAGUGAAUUUGACACUGUUCCCUACCACAAUGAGAUUUACAAGUGGAUUCCUGUGGUUAACCCAUUAAAUCCGUGUGAGCUGCACUGUCGACCAGUCAAUGCGUAUUUUUCGGAGAAGAUGCUUGAUGCUGUGACAGAUGGAACACCGUGCUUCAUACACAACAAUUCGAGAAACAUCUGCGUUAAUGGAGUGUGCAAGGAGGUUGGCUGUGACUAUGGCAUUGACUCAAAUGCAGUGGAGGAUCGCUGUGGCGUCUGUUUGGGCGAUGGCACAAGCUGCGAGACGGUCCAUAAGAUGUUUGAUGAAGGGGAAGGCUUUGGGUACGUGGACGUGGGUGUGAUACCUGAGGGGGCACGGGACAUCCUGAUAAAGGAAGUAGAGGAGGCAGGUAACUUCCUGGCUCUGAGGGGCGAGGGGAUGGAGGAUUACUUUCUCAACGGCAACUUCAUCAUCCAGUGGAACGGGGAGUAUGAGGCCGGCGGGACGACGUUCUUCUACGAACGCAGCGGGAACAUGGAGAACAUCACCGCUCCUGGACCCACCAAACAGCCAGUCGUACUCCAGUUGUUGUUUCAGGAGAAGAACCCAGGUAUAAAGUACGAGUACACCAUCAGGAAGACCAAAGAGACAGGAAAUGAGGUCAUCGAACCCAUUUACAGGUGGAGACAUGGGGCAUGGACCGACUGCAGCACCACCUGCGGACUAGGUCAGCAGCACCAGCCUGUGCUCUGUUUUGAGAUGGAUGUGGGAGUAGUGGACGAGUCUCUGUGUGACCCAGCAAGCCAUCCACAAGAGAGACACAGGAAGUGUAAGAAUAUGGAUUGUCCUGCCAGGUGGUGGGUAGGAGGCUGGCAGCACUGCACAGCCACCUGUGGAUCUGACGGGGUGCGGAAGCGAACAGUGCUCUGCGUCCGUACAGUCUCAGGAGAGGAAAGGGUGCUCCACCCAGUGGAGUGCAAACAUCUUCUUAAACCCAAACCUAUAGUGCCAUGCAACAGAGAUGUUCCCUGUGGACAGGAUUGGGCUGUCGGCCUCUGGGAAGAGUGUCCUGUGACAUGUGGAGGAGGUGUUCGCUCACGUAAAGUCACGUGUACAUUAGCACCCACAGAGACCUGCGACCCUGAAAACAAACCACGGACUCGAUCACUGUGUGCCCUGCAAAGCUGUCCAAACUCAAGUCUCCGCAGACGACCCGGGCCCCCCCCUAAAUACCGCCGCAUCUACCCACCUAAGAGCCCCACCACCAAGCAUCCUGUCUCAUCCACCUGGGCUCCCACGAGUACCACGGCCACAGCUGCACCCACAGCUGCGAUCACUUUGAGGACAGAAACAACUACCAAAGAAAGUACAACUGCUCUCAUCCCUACCUACACACCCAUUUUAUCCCCUAAAAUCGCAAUCCCUGAAAUCACUGACACAGAUGAUUAUGAAUUCAGUGUUGUCGUGAAUAAAAAUGAGGAUGGAAAAGAUAAGGGACGAAAAUUUUCCCCAAUGAAAUCCACUUAUCCUGAAGAGGAAAAGGUGGAAGAGAGGGAGAAUGGAGAGGAGGGAAGUACACCAAAUGUGAUUAUUUAUACUCCAGGAUAUGAUUAUGUUACAGAGGACCGGACAGCAGAAGAGGAGGAGAUUAUUGACCUGGAUGUUGUUACCACAGCUAUACCCCUCAAAAAGCCUCCUAAAUCAACCACACCAACACCGCAUACACUCAUCACACCCACUUUAAAAACAAGUCCACCUACCACGCGCAAAACCAAAGCAACCACCACAGCCUCUUACUCCACCCCACACACCAGUACUGAAACUUGGGCAAGGACCACUCGACACUAUCCCUUGCCUCCACACACCACCCCUCGUAUCAAUCCAUACAGACAUCGGACACACAGGGUUCCUCGCACUACUCCUGUGUCAAAGAGACAUUCUGUUACACCAAAAACGGUCUUCCACACAACACAAGCUCCUUCCACAACUGCAAGAAAAACACUCACCACUGUAGCAUCGCCCCAAUCCACAGUAAAGAUUAUUAAACUGAAGAAACCUGCUGUGACACCCAGGAAAAGCAGUCCUGCCCCUCGUGCCAAAAAGACAUCUUCCAGGCCUAAAAAGAGCCAGAACCAGCGAGCAGAAAGUCCCAUGAGUAGCUCCACCGGUGACCAAAGCAACCUGAUGGCCAGGGAGCCAGUCAGCAUGGAGAUAUUCUGGGUUAUAGGAAACUGGAGCGAGUGCUCAACAACAUGUGGGAUUGGCGCAAUAUGGAGAAAAGUAAUGUGCAGCACCCAGAAUGAUAACGACUGUGCCAAGCUGAAGAGACCUGAGCCUGCACGUACGUGUCAUCUUCAACCUUGCGCCACCUGGCAAAGUGGCAGCUGGAGCAAAUGUCCAGAUAACUGCUCAGUGGUGGGAAGGAAAUACCGCGAUGUCCAGUGUGUUGACUCUCAGAGUAACCGUCCUCUUAGGCCUUUCCACUGUCAAGCCACGUCCAGCAGACCCAUCAGCACCUUAUCUUGCCCCCACAAAACUUGUAUGACUUGGAGUGUGUCACCCUGGGGACCGUGUUCUGGUAGCUGUGGUGAGGGUGUCAGGGAACGGUUGGUGUACUGCCCAGAGCCUCAUCACUGUAGCACCCCUCUGAGGCCAAACAGCACAGAGCCAUGCGGUUUAAAGCCCUGCACUCUUUGGAAGACAAAGGAAUGGGAGGAGUGCUCUGUGAGUUGUGGAGGGGGUCAGCAGCAGCGUGACGUCAACUGUGUGAGUGAGGAGGAUUUGGCUGUGAUGCCAAACAGCCUCUGUGAGAAGAUUUCCAAACCAGAAACACUCAGGAAGUGCAGUAUGCAGGAAUGCAAGACCAACACAGUUUGCAGGAAGAACACCAUGUCUUCUCGCUUCUGUGACAAGCUGAAGCUGCUGGGUCGCUGCUCUCUCAGGUCGGUCAAAAGACAGUGUUGUGUCACCUGUGGGCGAUAGACAGGGUCACACCUCCUCCUGCAUUACAAUGAA